AUGUGGAAUAAAGAGAAAAGCAAAGAGGCAGAAAAAGGUGAAAUUCGAGAAGAUGAGUUAUUCAACACCAAGGUAGAUCGCCAGACAUCGGCAUCUUCCGAAUCAUCUUUAGUUCACGAUAAUUCUUCCGUUGAUACUGACCACACACAAAGAAAACUUUAUAACAGACAUUUACAAUUAAUCGCUAUUGGUGGUAGUAUUGGUACUGGUCUUUUCGUCACUAUUGGUACUACGGGGUUGACAGUGGGGGGACCUUUAGGUCUUCUUCUUUCAUAUUGUCUUUCGACUUUACUUACGUUAUUGCUUACAUCUGCUGUCGGGGAGAUGGUUUCUUAUAUGCCGGUUGAUUCUCCUUUCUUGAACAUGGCCGGCCGUGUUAUUGAUCCAGCUUUCGAAGCAGCUGCAUCUGUCAACUUUUGGGUGAUGCAAAGUUUAUAUAUCCCAUUCGAAAUCACUGCUGUCAAUGGUAUGAUCCAUUUUUGGCGUGAUGAUUAUUCCCCAGCAAUCACUUUUUGUAUUCAAAUUGCCAUAUAUGCUGCAAUUAACUUGUAUGCCGUGCGUGUAUUUGGUGAAUGUGAAUUUUGGUUUUCAUUGGCUAAAUUGAUACUUUGUAUUGGGUUGUUGUUUUUCACAUUGGUCACAAUGUGUGGGGGUAAUCCUAAACAUGAUGCCUUUGGUUUCCGUAACUGGCAUGCGGCUGGUGGUCCCAUCGCCACGUUAUAUACCACUGGAUCAUUAGGUAGAUUUCAAGGUUUCCUUGGUUCCUUCAGAUGGAGUUCUUCAUUCACAUGUGUUGGGUCAGAAUAUCUUGGUAUGACCGCUGGUGAAUGUAUUAACCCUCGUCACAACUUACCCAUUGCAUUCAGAACCGUGUUGUAUAGAUUGGUGUUGUUCUACAUUGGCGGUGCCUUAUCUGUUUCCAUUUUAGUUGCCUACAACGAUCCUAAGUAUCUUGAGUUAACCUCAGACACAUCUAAUGCUGCAUCAUCGCCAUACGUUGUGGCUAUGCAGAACUUGGGAAUCAACGUAUUGCCGCACAUUGUCAACGCCGUCAUUCUCACAUCAGCAUUCUCAGCAGGGUGCCUGUACACUUAUACUUCAUCCCGUUGUUUGUACAAUUUAGCUAAAAAAGGAUUUGUGCCUAAAUUUUUCAAAAAAUGUACCAGUCAUGGGGUUCCUGUAUUUUGUGUUGGUCUUUCCAUUUGUUUCUCAUUAUUAUCUUUGAUGCAAUUAGGAAGUUCCGGUAGUAAAGUGUUGAACUAUAUGGUUAACUUGUGUACUGGUGCUCAAAUCUUGAAUUAUGCAUUUAUGUCAAUCACCUAUAUUGGGUUCUAUCAUGCAUGUAAGGCGCAAAACAUUGAUCGUCAUCAGUUUACCUACAGAUCGUGGUUCCAACCGUAUUCCAUCUACUUUGUUUGCUUCAUGUAUUGGUGUCUUGUAGGGAUCUUAGGUUACAAUGUGUUUAUGCCCGGAAAAUGGUCCGUCGACACAUUCUUAUACAAUUAUAUCAUGGUUUUUGUUUCAUUAGCAGUUUUCAUUGCUUGGAAACUCUUUAGAAGAACUAAAUUCAUCAAACCAAUAGAUGCUGAUUUGAGAACUGGGUUAGAAGAAAUUGAAAGACACGAAUAUGAAUAUUAUGAACAAUUGGAACAAUCGAGUAACAAGCCAGACAAUAAAUUCAAAAGUAUUUUACAUUGGAUAUUCUAA